ACUGGAAAGGCGGAUAGAGGGAGGGCAGAGGCAACGGCCCUCUUCUGGAGGGGGGGCUUAUUAUAACAAAUAUAUACACACAUGUGUGAACUGCUUGGCCGUACUGUAGGUCAUAUGUGGCUAACAGUUAAUUUAGACAAGCAUACAAGAGUGGCUUUACAUUUAAAAUGCCUAUUUUAGUUUUUCUGUUAGACACGUCCGCCUCUAUGAAUCAGCGCACUUAUUUGGGUACGACGUAUCUGGACAUUGCUAAAGGCGCGGUUGAGGUCUUUAUGAAGCUGCGUGCCCGAGACCCGGCUAGUAGAGGCGACAGGUACAUGCUAGUUACAUUCGAUGAGCCACCAUACGGAGUGAAGGCAGGCUGGAAGGAGAAUCACGCCACCUUCAUGUGUGAGCUGAAGAACCUGCAAGCGUCCGGGCUGACCACAUUAGGCCACGCUCUCCGCACAGCGUUCGACCUGCUUAACCUCAACCGCCUUGUCUCAGGCAUAGACAAUUACGGACAGGGGCGUAACCCUUUCUUCCUUGAGCCAUCUGUGAUCAUCACAAUUACUGAUGGCAACAAACUCACACACAGCUCGGGGGUCCCAGACGAGCUCCACCUGCCUCUAAACUCCCCUCUGGCUGGCAGCGAGCUGACCAAAGAGCCCUUCCGCUGGGACCAGAGACUGUUUGCGCUGGUGCUUCGCCUCCCAGGAGCAGCAACGGCAGACAACGAGCAGCUCGGUAGCGUCCCCACUGAUGAGUCUGCCAUCACCCAAAUGUGUGAAGUCACAGGAGGGCGCUCAUACUGCGUGCGAACGCAAAGAAUGCUGAACCAGUGUCUGGAGUCUCUAGUCCAAAAAGUUCAAAGUGGUGUAGUCAUUAAUUUUGAGAAAACUGGGCCAGAUCCGCCUUUUGUAGGCGAAGAGAACUCUGAGUCUAGUCGUUCUGUGUCGUCCUUCAGCCCACAGUUGUGGCAUAGCUGCCACAAACUCAUCUAUGUGCGUCCCAAUCCAAAGACAGGGGUGCCAGUUGGGCACUGGCCCGUCCCAGAGUCCUUCUGGCCGGACCAGAACUCUCCUACGCUGCCGCCCCGGACUGCUCAUCCAGUGGUACGUUUUUCCUGUGUGGACUGCGAGCCCAUGGUGAUAGACAAGCUUCCGUUUGACAAAUAUGAACUGGAGCCUUCUCCUCUCACUCAGUACAUUCUGGAAAGGAAGUCUCCACACAUGUGCUGGCAGGUGUUUGUUAACAGCAGCGGGAAGCAGAAUGACCUGGGCCAACCCUUUGGUUACCUUAAAGCCAGCACCACUCUCACAUGUGUCAACCUCUUUGUCAUGCCUUACAAUUACCCCGUGCUCCUCCCACUCCUCGAUGACUUGUUCAAAGUGCACAAACUAAAACCAAACCUUAAGUGGCGACAAGCCUUCGAGAUGUACCUGAAGACCAUGCCUCCGUACUUCCUUUUACCUUUAAAAAAGGCUCUGAGAAUGAUGGGUGCGCCUAAUUUAAUCGGAGACAGCAUGGACUGUGGUCUGAGUUACAGUGUCAUCUCCUAUCUGAAGAAGCUCAGCCAGCAGGCAAAGAUAGAGUCGGAGCGAUUAAUUGUGUCUGUGGGAAAGAAGGCUCCCCCGGAAACUGGCAUAAGGGUGAAGAACCACUCCAGCUCGCUGUCUCUGGCCCACCGGCGAGACUUUAAACAGCUACUUCAGGGAAUCACUGGGGAGGUUCCGCUUCGCAUUGGGGACAUCAAUGUCAAAGAAUUUGCAGGCUUCCAGAUCGCCCUGCUCAACAAGGACGUAAAACCUCAAGCUUACCGAAAUGCCUACGACAUCCCAAGGCGGAACCUUUUAGAUCAGCUUACUCGAAUGCGCUCUAACCUACUGAGGACAUCACAAAAACUAAUCAGAGGGCAAGAUGAAGAUUACCUGCACAGUAUUCCAGUGGCUCAGAUGGGAAACUACCAGGAGUACCUGAAGAUGAUGCCGUCUCCUCUGAGAGAGAUCGACCCAGAUCAACCUAAACGUUUGCACACGUUUGGGAACCCUUUCAAGCAGGAUAAGAAGGGAAUGAUGAUCGAUGAGGCUGAUGAGUUUGUUGCAGGCCCUCAAAACAAGAAAAGGACAAAUUCCGGUGAUUCCAAUGCUGGUGCCAUGCUGAAGAGAAGGCGGAGCAUGUCACCAUUACUACGGCGACCCCAGACUCCACCUGUCAGUCCCAACCACAUUGUGAUUGGAAAGAGUCCUGCCGGGAUUCAAGGGCAACAGAACGUGCCAAAGGUGCUACCAGCACAGCACAAAGGAGUGGAUGGAAAUGUGGCAGACAUCGAGAGUAAUGGUGAUAGCGCUCCUGGGCCGGGAUCAGGGGAAAAAUGGCCCAAUGAGAUGGACGUUGUAGCAGAGACACGCCUGGAGGGGAAAGUAGUAGCAGCAGUGGAUAAUGGGGAGGACGAAAACACGGGCGAGGAGACACCAGUGGUUGAAGAUGGUGAAGAAGACCAGCCACUAGAGGAGCGAUACAACUGUGAACGUCUGAGUCCACAGAGCCAGAUAGAGAGCAUAGACUCUGACCCGACCGUGCUGGAAACUAUCUUCAUACCCCCACUAGAUGGCAGUCAGGCAGAGCUGAGGACACGAGUCAUCAAGGAGGUCCGCAAACCUGGAAGAAGGUCGCGGGUCAGCUGACUUCAGGCGAGAGGCAGGUUACACCUUAGACUGGACGCCAGCCAAUCGCAGGGCACAUAUAGACAACCAACCAUCACACCUAUUGACAAUUUAAAAUGGCAGUACCACAAUACAAUACCACACAUGCAAAUGUUACACUGUUGCCCAGAAUUUUCACAAUAAUUUUACUUACAGUCCCUGGAGAUCCCAGACAUCUGCUACUUAGUGGAAUUCCGCUAUUCUUCUUGCUAAAUUGGUAUUAUUUUGCAUGUUCUCCACGUGACUGCAUGGGUUCUCUCCGGGUACUCCGGCUUUCUCCCACCUCCAAAGACAUGCGCCUGGGUAUAGGCUGAUUGGUAACACUAAAAUUGGCCCUAGUGUGUGAAUGUGAGUGUGAAUGUUGUCUGUCUGUCUGUGUUGGCCCUGCGAUGAGGUGGUGACUUGUCCAGAGUGUACCCCGCCUUCCGCCCGAAUGCAGCUGACAUAGGCUCCAGCACCCCCCGCCAACCCUGAAAGGGACAAGCGGUAGAAAAUAGAUGGAUGGCUGGAUGGAUGGAUGGAUGGAUAGAUAGAUAGAUUUCUGUAUGAAACCACUAAAACAAUCUGUAUUGAUCGAGUCUGUUGCCUUCGUAUGUUUUGGUGGGUGUCGGUGUCUUCCGUUGACAUUUGGAAACGCUCGGAGGCAAAAUGCAGCAAGACUGUGUGCUAUAAACAAGAAAAACAAAAAUGAUGAUUGCUGCGUUUUUGCUAGAAAACGUAUCCUAAACAUCUUUGCAUUUUUAGGUGCUUGUGUGUUAAUUUAGAUGGUGUAUUAUGGGUAAAAAAUCGUGGAUUGAUUUUCAUUUGAAAUAACACAAUCGUGUUUCGUGUAAUUACGAUUAUUUCAACAAAGAAGGAGAAAGCCAGGUCAGAGAAGCCAAGGAAAAGAUAAUCAGAUUCCACUCCAGUAAAAUCUUUCAAAAAAGAAAGAUUUAAAUCCAGAUGUGUCAAUAUUUUGCUAUGCAUUAUGUACAUUUGUAUAUAGCCAUCAUAUCUCACGUAUUCAUGAAAUGCCUUUUAUUUUUCGAGUGAAGAGAUUUUCUCAAACCAAACAAAACAUCGAACUAAUGAAAUAAACUAUGGCUGUUGUAAAUUUUGGAAUGGCUUAUAUUGGUAUGGUGAAGGUAUUUUCUCAACAAAAAACAGGAACUAUUGAUGCUGUGGGACAGUCAUGAAAAAGAGGUGUGGCUUUUAGUUUAUAGCAUUCAAUAGAUAGAAACCAUUGGUAAGUUUUCUUGCAUUUUUACAGAAUUUCUAUGUAGGAAAUGCCUUCCAAAUGAUGAAAAUCUCUUCAACUUCAGCGGCAGAUGCUCUGUUAUCCCCCAAAAGGAUUGCCUUGACCCUCGGCUGAUAUUUUUCAAUUCCUCUAUUUUUAUUUUACCUAACUGGGA